AGUUGGUUGAGUAGGACGUGUGGUUUUUCGUAAACUAUUGGCGCCCAUCGUCAGCAGAGGCUACAAAUCUCGCACCACCGCAUUGAGACUCUCUUUCUCUCGACGUGCCGAAUGAUCUUCGGCCGACACACGUGUGCUACCUUCGUUCAGCUCGAAUCGCUCAACGCAGUGACGGUGUGUGCCGGUUUACCGUCGCGAGAAGAAGGAACAAAACUUUCACUACUUUCUCAACACCGACCACGACAACUUCGACCGGUUUUAUCGGUUUGCCUGUGUGUCCACUCACUGGAAAAGGAAGAGAGUUCCGUCAGUUCGGUCAGACUCCCCCGAAAGAGAAGUGCAUCUUAAUUGACCACCACCAUCUGGUUGCCGCAGUGUGCUAACAGUGCUAAUUGUGUAUAGUGGUAUCCUCCCCGCAGUGAUUUUGAACAGUGAAAAACAAAAAAACGAUUCAAUCGGCAUCAGCAUCAAACAGAACAACCGGUACGGCACCCCCGGGGUCAGGGAUCCGGUCGGAACUAGACACUAUACUUAGGCUUCAUGGCGAUGGCCAACCAGUCGACUGCUGUAGUGAGGCUGUUGUGAGAUAGGAAACAUCACCGGUGCAAAGGUUUGCAGAUCGCGAACUAUUCAAUUAGCCCAUCGCUAGAUGAGUUACCGUACCAGUGUGAUGCAAAAGUGACCAAUCAGUGACAGAAGUGAGAGUGAAAUCAUCGGAAGAAAGUGCGUAUUGCAAAACCACACAGGCAGUGUGCACAGAAACAUACUAAGAUAGCUACAAAUAAGGGAAAAAAUUACCAUCAGCUACGGCUGAUAUGGUUAUAAACUCGAUCGUAGAUCAUCUCCUUCGGCAGCAACGAUCACAUCAGCCUCAACUGAUCGACAGCGACAAAAAAGACGACUGUCCACGGCAAAAGAUGGUCAGUAGGGCGAACGUUUCUUCUUGGCUGCGGCCACUGGCUGUGAUAGUGUGUUUUGGUCUGGUGAUAAGUUUUACGGUUGCCAGCACCGAAGAAAGUGCAACCGAGGGCGACCCGACCGACGAUGGCUACAACAAUCAGACGGCGGUGAUUACUAGUGAUAGUGACAGUUUAGGUGAUGAUAUCAGCAACCAGACCACGAGCCGCACGAUGCACCUACCACAGACGGUGGGCGUUUCGCGGAGAAAGCCGUUGUUUUCUACCGGAAAUCGCCUCUGGGAUGCGUUGAUUGCGGAGUGCAUCCGAAAGCCUACAUUUGCAUGUAUUCAGAAGAAUGUGUACAGUUUCUUGGGCGAGUCACUGGAUGUUGGAGAUUUCAACGUAAGCAAUCGGCUGGUGUUCGUUAAGAACCGGGUCGAUUACACCAAGUACACCCGGGAGGCGAACGAAGAGGACCAUCACGAGGCUGAUAAUGAAAUACCGGAUGCGAGAGCAGACUACGAACCGACGUCCCCGAUCGAGGAAGUAACAACGGCGCUGCACGGCAAAACGCUCAAAUUCAUGCUGACCCACGAUGUCAACGUGCGCCUGCCGGAAAUCAUGUUCGACGGGGCGAUCCUGCGUAUCGAGCCGCGCUCCAUCGAGGGCAACGGAAUGGUCGCCAAGAUGGAAUUCGUGCCGCGAACCGCUCUGCAGUCCAGAGAGGGUAUAACAGAGCCGAGGAUUCUGUUUAAGAAAAUUAAAAAGCUCUUCACCGGUAAACUGCUACUCGCCUUCCUCGGCCUGAUUCUGGUGCUGAAGAUCAUCAAAAUUAAGGUCAUGUGGCUGUUUCCACUGCUGGUCGGAGUCGGAACGGCCAAAAAGCUGGUCCUCAAGUUCCUGUUGUUCCUGUUCCCGGCCCUGUCGCACAUCUUCAAGCUAUGUUCGUACUACCACGAAUCCUACCACAAACCGAACUUCCAUCACCACCAGCAUCACAUCAAACAUCUGCACUCGUUCUAUGCACCACAUGAACACGGUGCGAUCUCAGGCAACCUACCGGAGCUAAUCUACACCAAACCACCCCGGGGACACCCGUCGGAAUACAUCCAUGGAGCUCCGGUGCCACCACAUGCACACUUCCAGCCCGAGUUCCACUACGAAUCGUCCGGAGUUGGACUCGGAUCCGAGUUCAUUAGCGAUAGAAACUCUUACGUAGACACCUCAUUCAAACCAAAGUACGAGGACUUGAAUGAUAUCAAUGCAUGGGGUUUGGGCACUGGUUCAACAACAGCACCACCACUACCAUCAUCAUCAUUUUCUUCACCACCCUACGGUAGUAGUCACAGUAGAAGCAGCAAUGUAAAUCCACUCACGCAUCAUCAACCAAGGAUCAUGAAUCCGAAACCGGUAUACGGACCACCCCCGUCAGGCUUUUCGUCGUACGCCUCCAAACGAACUCCGACCGGAGCGGCCAGUUCCAUUGCAGCCACGUACGUGUCCGCCCCGUCCGCGGAGGAGCAAAUGAUUCGAGAAGCCCAACGGCAAGAGGCUUACAGGAUAGCUCAAGAGCAGAAGCUAAUCGCCAAACAACAGCAAAUCAUCAACCACCAGGCGUUUAUGCAGGAAGGUGUCACUCCGCGACCGAUCGAUCCCUUUUACAGUCCAAUUCUACAACGGAUGGACAAGGUGUUCAAUUCGCUCGGAAUCAUGGACGAGAACUGCCGCGAACGGCUCAUCUGUGCCAUGUACAAGACCCCUGCUAAAUACAGUCCACACAGCAACUACAUCUCGGCGGAACUGAGCAGGGACGCAUCGGAAUUGCAGAAACCCACCUCGACGAACGUGGCCGUGAUCCGGUUCUAUCGGUAUGUGCAAGCAGCACGCGAUGGCCAGGACCAACGUGACUGCCGCCAGAUUUACGCACACUGUACGAUGAACGUUGAUAAGAAAAAGAAGAAGUAAUGCGCUGAAUAAAACAACUAGCUUCUAUUGUGAACCACGGACAGCUCAACGAUGAUGCAGAUCAACGGUUGAAGAUGACGUGGAAAUGAAACAAAGACCAACGAAAGAAACGAAUCUCCGGGUUACAAACGUGACGCAUCCCUAGGACGAUGUGUCGGUUGAAGCACCGACACCGCGUUAGGGUCAAUAAACAAUUGUGUUGAUAACCACUCAAUCAUGUAAAUAGUAAAUUACCGGAAGUGGAUGAAUUCAUAAAUUUUAGGGACUUAAGUCAUUUCUUCUGCACUACUUUGUAACUCUGAACACGCGUGUUUGUGUGUCCUAGAAAUAAUGUUAGCUGAUUGUAUCCAGUUGAUAAUACGCUGUAAACUAGUGAACUGAAAAUGGGUUAUCAGGUGUCGGAUUGCCGUUAGUUUAGUUACGGAGAGUACGCGAUUUAGGUUCUAUCGAAUUCAUAGUUCUUACAAGUCUAGGAUCGUUCACUGCUUUAGUCAAACGUUGCGAAGCCGUGCUUUUAUAACACGAUGCAUGCGCACACAAUUUAUUUCAGGUCGUUUGAAACGUCGUUUGCUGUAAAAGAAACUUUGUCUAGUGUUAGGUAAUUUAUUUAUUUAUUUAUUUAUGAAACAAAAAUCUAAUUUAUUUAUUGAUCUGUAAAAAUAUAGGACUAAUAAAUGGA